AGGGAGAAUGGAGCGAGCGAGCGAGCGGGCGAGCGCCGGGGACACGGGGAGGAGGGACAGCAGCGCCUCCGCCGGCUGCGGCUGCGGCGGCGAAGGGCCGCUCCGCCCCGGCGCGCCGCCAGGGGGCGCCCGUCGCACCGCCCCCACGGGCCGCCAGGAGGCGCGGCCGCAGUCGCCGCCGCCGCCUCAGUCAUGGCUCCUCGUCGCGGCCGCAGUUGCUGCACCUCCGUCUGUGGAAGCCACGGCACAGGGCCCCAGCUGCUCCAAGACGUGUGGCGGCGGCGGCGGCGGCGGCACACGGCACUGCGGCAGGCGGGAGCGGGCCCUUGCUUCGGCUGAGGCCCCUGUGGCUGCUGUCAAAACGGGCAAGUUUAUGAAACCCAGGAAGGUGGUACUGGUCCUGGCUGGAUGCUACUCCAGACGCAAAGCGGUCAUCGUGAAGAACAUUGAUGAUGGUACAUCAGACUGCCCCUACAGCCAUGCUCUGGUGGCUGGAAUUGACCGCUAUCCCCACAAAGUGACAGCUGCCAUGGGCAAGAAGGAAACUGCCAAAAGGUCUAAGAUCAAGUCUUUUGUGAAAGUUUGUAACUACGAUCACCUCACGCCCACAAGAUACUCGGAUAUCCCCUUGGACAAAACUGUCAACAAGGACAUCUUCAGAGACCCUGCUCUGAAACACAAGGCCCAAUGGGAGGCUAAGGUCAAGUUCCAAGAGAGGUACAAGACUGGCAAGAAUAAAUUGUUCUUCCGGAAGCUGUGGUUUUAGAUCUUUUUUUGUUUCAGGCAUUAAAAAAAAAAACAAAAACAAUCAAUGCAUAAAUAAGUGCAACAACAAAUCGAUGUUUUUAUUUCCCUCCCUCUUCCUCUCUCUCAAAUCAAUCAAUAAAAAAUAAAAAUAAAUAAUACGGGUAACUGGUACAAUAUUACCCUGCUCUUGAUUAAAUGCUAAUUCCCCUGAGGUUGUUAUCAUAUAUCAUUCUCACUUCCUGAAGCUGGCCCGGAAGCCCUAAAGGCAAGAAAUAAGGAUAUUCCAACUUCAGAUUUAUUAUUCUCAUCUGUACAAUAAAUAUUCCAAAAAGGCACUAAUUUCCCUAACCAUAUAUUGUAUUUUCUAACAAGCCAGAAACUCCGACACAGAAUAUUCUAUCACAUAUCCAGUACUUCACAUGUCCAAACUAAUCUCACAAGGACAAGAGAUUAUUUUGUUCUGUGUGUUUUAAAAAGCAAUUAUUAGCCCUGACCAGUAUGGUUUAGUUGGUUGGGCGUUGUUUUGCAAAGUGAAAGGUCACAAGUUCAAUUCCCAGUCAGGGAACAAUGCCUGAAUUUCAAGUUUGGUCCCUGGUCAGUGUGAGUAUGAAAAGCAACCUAUCCAUGAUUUUCCUUCCUCUCCUCUUCCCUUCCCCUCCUCUAAAAAUAAAUAAAUUAUUUU